AUGUGGUCGUCACAGUACUCCGAAGACGAUGAAGACGUGACGGGGGUAUCGCAGGACAUGAUGCGAGAGUGCGAAGAGGACCUGGACAACGAUCCUGGGUUGAAAGUUGUGGAAGGAGACAGCCUGGCGGAAGAAAUGACUGCGAUGAAGGAAGUGUUCCUGCGAAUGUCGGAAAAAAAAGUGCGCCAGAAACAGCAAAGUCAGCGGGACUGUGUCCGAGUGUACUGUGAGGCCUUUCAAAGCGACGUCGAACGGAUCUUCGCGACGUCUAAAAAGAGUUGCAUCGAUGAAGCGGAGACCGUCAACAAAUCCAUCACACAAACGUCUACUCGACUUGAACAGCAAAAGAAAGAGUUAAUGCAAGUGCAAGAAUCAUUUGAGUGCAACUUUAGGGCAUCAAUCGAGAGUAUCACAAGUGAAUUGGAGAGGCUCAAAGAUCUGCGGGUCAAGAUUAUGGACACGUACGAAAAGGGAAAGCUCGAAGUUGACAAAUCCUUUCGCGACGCAUUUGAAAGUUUGGACACAAUGUCAACUCGCCUUCAAAUUCACGCUGGGCAGAUUUGCACCGAUUCAAGUUACGUCAAGGUGUUUCAAAGUCAAGUCGAGCGUUUGAUGUAGCUGUUAUGUGCAACACCCCAGUAUUGUGUGACUUCUAUCCAGUCAGAAUUCCCGCGUUGGUGAGUGCACUUUGGAGCUUUUGAAACACCACGAGUUGCUCAUCAGCGGUCAAGCGUUCGAGCAUGCGCAAUGCACUUGAAAUUCGGUCUGGCCGUUGGAUAAAGUUCGUGUAAUACACAUACGUGAACAUGCCCA